CAUAAAAUGUGAAAAUAGACAUAAUCAAUGAUGAAAAAACGGCGGAGAUCAGAUGAAGCAGUUGCAAGACAUCGCCAGAGAUAUAACAAAACAACAAGGCGUCGUAUAAUCAACGAUUGGGAAAUUCCAGAAAACAAGGAUUUAAACUGCCCUUCUCGUACUGUAUCGGACACGCCUAUAACAGAUCACCGUCCACUUUGCAAGUAUUACUAUCGCACAGGCUCGUGUUUGCAUGGCUCCGACUGUCGGUUUUCACACAAUUGCCUUCCCUUAACAUCGAAGGAAUUGAAAUUGUGCCGUUAUUUUCUCAUGGGCCCAACCAACUGCAAGUAUACGGCCGCUGAAUGCAAGUACUCCCAUGAACCUGGGCUAUUUCUUUGCCGUAACAAUAUAGUAAACGGGGAAUGUAACAAUCUUUUACGUUGCAAAUUUAAACAUAUUGACUCCGCAUCUAUUACCUCUUUAGACGAUGCGGAACGUCUGCAAUUUUGCUAUAAUAACAAGCGUUUUUUAACAGAAAUGCUAUUCAACCGGUCUACAGAGACGUAUAAAACGGCCAGUGACGUUGAUUCAGCCACGCCGGAGAUCACCGACGAGGUUGUAUCUCAUAUAUUGGCCCUCAAGGAUUCUUUCCUAUCAAAACAACCUUGGUACCUACAGUAUACGCACUUAUUAUUGGCGCGUGAUUAUGCAGAGGACAAAAAUGGUUGACUAAUAUUCAUUUUGCCCAUAA